AUAAAUGCGUGGCGCCGGCGGGCGCGCUCAGUAUGUGUCAUGCCUUGCGAGCGCGCGCGUCGUCCGUGAUGGCGGCUCGAGUGCGGUUGAAGAUGCGCCGCGGCACCGGCGUGUCGCCGCUCGCCGCCCUGCUCGCGGUGUGCGCCGUGUUGGCCCCGGUAGGCGGGAUGUUCGAGCACCGUCACUGCGAUCACCAGCACCCCCGGGCGCACGAGAUAAUUCACGGCGUACACAUCGAGCCAGCGCACGAAGUAAAGAAACGUAGCAUCAGCCAGCCAGUACGCAUUCUGCUAUCUUACGACGAGAGCGUCUUUAGGUUGGACGACGAGAAGCUGGAUCUCAUUAACAAUACUAUUUUACCCGAGGCUGUGCACUUUUGGGAACGAGCAUUGAUGGUGCGGGAGACGAAAAGCACCAUUAGGUUGAACAGGAAAUGCGAGAGUAGUCAAGUUUUCGUCAAGGACCACCACACACACUGUAUAGAUACUUGCCGUCCUGUUACUAUGUGCGGUGAAGUACGCGUCCCGGAGGACCAUCUUGACGUUUGCAGAACGUGCAACGCGACGGGACACAAUUGCGGAAUAGCCGAAGGGAGUAGAGCUGGUCCGGGAAUCGACGGUGCCGAUUUUGUCUUUUAUGUAUCCGCUAUGCAGACUGAAAGAUGUCACAAGGGUUUAACAGUAGCCUAUGCCGCUCAUUGUCAACAGGAAGCAGCCUUAGAUCGGCCGAUAGCUGGUCAUGCCAACCUAUGCCCGGGAAGCAUCAGCACGAAACCACAGGAGUUGGAAACGUUGCUCAGCACCGUUAAACACGAGAUCCUGCACGCUUUAGGAUUUUCUGUGAGCUUAUACGCUUUCUACAGAGACGAGAAUGGUGAGCCCAGGACGCCUAGAAGAAGCGAUACUGGAAAACCACCCCUUAAUGAAAAGUUACAAACGCACCAGUGGAGCGAGAACACGAUCAGAACCGUGGUUAGGCCACGCUGGCAAGUGCACGGCGGUUACGUGGAGAGGACCAUGCAAAUGAUAGUCACGCCUCGGGUCCGCGCCGAGGUUCAAGCGCACUUCAAUUGCCCGGAACUCGAGGGCGCGGAAUUGGAAGACCAGGGUGAGGACGGCACAGCCCUUACGCAUUGGGAGAAACGCGUAUUCGAGAACGAAGCCAUGACGGGGACGCACACGCAAAAUCCAGUUUACUCGAGGAUAACGCUCGCUCUUAUGGAAGAUACCGGUUGGUACAGCGCCAACUAUUCAAUGGCGCAAGAGCUAGGCUGGGGGAAAAAUCUGGGAUGCAAUUUCGCCAUGAAAUCCUGCAAGGAAUGGAUAUCCACUAAAUCAUCCCCGUUGUCAGGGAAGUCGAUACACCCUUUUUGCAACAAAGUGAAACAGGAUCCCUUGCAGACCGAGUGUACGGAUGAUCGGAGUUCAGUGGCCUUGUGUAACCUGGUGAAACAUUCGCAACCGCUACCCAAGAAAUACCAGAACUUCGAUUCAAUUCCCCACGUACCAUCGGGAGAGGAACAAUACUACGGCGGUUCGGUGUCUCUGGCAGAUUACUGUCCUUACAUACAGGAAUUCACGUGGAGAGCGCGGAAUAUAGUAGUCAGGGGCUCUCACUGUCUUUACGAGGAGAAUAAUCCGCACCCGGACAAGAAUUUCGCGUUAGAGAAGUACGGUCCUCACUCGAGGUGUUUCGACCACACAAAUGAUAUGUGGGAAGAGAGAACUUGCAAACAAGCGCGUCAGUGGCAACAUUGGGGCUCUGGUUGUUACUUGUACAAGUGCGAGACCGGGAGACUACACAUUAUGGUCGGAAAUUAUACGUAUACGUGUUAUCACGCUGGACAGGAGAUUAUUAUAAGAAUUAUGCAGAAUGGUUGGUUGCACAAAGGCGCUCUAAUCUGUCCACCCUGCCGAGAUAUUUGUCAGGCGGAAUUUAAAGCACGCGACGAGUGGUGUAAGCCAGGGGACGAACAUCCACCUUCCAUAUAUUAUCACAAAGACUAUCUUCACUGUGCGUCCGCAGAUAGUUUUAGCCUAAGUAUAUCAACGCUUAUUAUUGCAAUCUUACCCUUGGUCGUUAGAUGAUAAACUAUCUUCUUUAGCGAAUGGUUUAACAUUAUCUAAAUCUAGAUACAUAGAUAUUAUUUAUCGUAUGUAUCACGUUUCGACAGCGAUAUUUUCAAUGUGGUUUGAAAAUAUUCUAUUUUUCGCGAUACUAUUUCUAUUCUAGUUUUUGUUAUUCGGAAACAUAAUGAAUAAUGGCCGAGGUGACAAUCGUAAAUAGACUCGUUAUCUACAUGAGAAAGUGUUGGCCAAAUGAUUUAAAGGGACAAAGGAAUUACCGAUUGACUUUAUAUAUGUUAAAUACGCGCGAUAAAUGUAUGCAUUCUAUUUGGAUUUAAUGAUCCGUGGUGAUAACGUGACGAGGCAUUUUUUAGGUGCCAAUUUCAUAUUGCAUAUACUUCAUUAAUCUAGGUCGUGUAUCUACUAGACUUGUUAAUUUUAUUAUUAUAUAUAUUUCUUUACGAUUAAUGGCAUAUUCUGACGCAUAAUAUAUUUUGGCCAUUAUUUUCUGUGCGUUAAGUAAAGAUGAAUAAUCUCGGUCAUCGCUCAAUUUCAGACGAUGAAUAAUUAUACUGUAGCUAAUAGAAAAUUGUUCUUAUUUGACUAAUGUGUGUACACACGGACUUGCAACCAUUGCCGAUAUAAAAAUAAUAUAGGACUUUAUGACGUAAAUUAGUUGUAGAAAUUAAGUCUAAUAAAGAAACGCUAUACAUUGCUGAUAAAUGAUAGUGUAAACAUAUAUUUUGCACGAUAUGACGACGCAAGUAACGGUGCGUAGAAAAAGUAGAAGUGUGUCUGUAUCACAUGUGUAUGUGCUCUAUUUACAGUUUGCGACACGUUACAGUUCAAUUCUGCCAGUAAAGUAUAGCGAACUUUUUUAGACGUCAUAAGUGUUCAAGCUUUGAUAUUAAUGAAAAAGAAAGAUGGACUUUACAUUCCAUUAAGGUUGCAACGAGCUCAAUUUUUAAUUCUGGAUUAUUAACCGCGUUGUUAACAAAUCCAUAACAUUCCUGAUGAACGUGUGUACGAAAAUUCGUGUGAAUAUACGUACGUGAGUCAUAUCGAACAAUAUACGAAUAAAUGUGAAAACUAAAGUGAUUUAAGAACAUGGCAAACCAAUUUAUCAAGGAUUGUCAAUUGUUACGAAUCUUGGGUGGAUAUCGUGAAUGUAUAUGGUAUAGAAAAUAAAUCUUUGUACAUAUAGUUCCAAAAACGCGAAGUCUAAUGAUGCAAUUAAUAGAUUUACGACAUUUCAUAAAGAAUAAUAUCCAGAUCCCAACAAUUAGCAUAUUAUUUGAUGAGCAUAUUAAUGCGAAUAAUGUGUUGCAGAACGUUUUUUUUUAAUUUCUUAUCACUGAAAUCACUGAAAUGUAUUCGAUGCUUACGAUUAUCGCGAAAAAUUAUUUGUACUAUAGUUUUAAUUCAUAUUCAGUUUGUAAUAGAUUUGUAAUAUAUUUUAUCUGUGUGAUGAAAAUCGGCUAUUCACGAUUUCUCAAGUGUUUUACUAUGAAUAUACCGACGCAACGGUUAGCGCGGAUUUCGUACCUAUGAAAUAUCUAAUAAGUUUAUCUUAUUGGACAAAAAUGGCAAACGAUAAAGUCACCACAUAGAUUGUAUACGUUAUAAAGUCUGUAUGGUAAUCAUUUUUAGAAUAUGGCUAAUCCGUUCUGAAUAGAACAAUAAAAUACUCAGCAUUUUUUGCAACGAAAAUAGUAAUUUUCAUGUUGAAGCAUUUUUGAAGACAUUCCAAAAGAGAAUUUAUUUUUCGAUUAUAUGAAAAAUACUUCGUGCUUAUUUCAUUCUUAUAACACGUAUUCCAAUUUGGUAUAUUUGCAAAGUUGUAACGUGAGAGAGCAUUUAAUUUUGUACAGAAAUGAUUAAUGUUUAACAUACAUACUUUGUAAAAAACUUGAAGUUAUCUCGGUAUUGCAUCAGAUACACUGAGAUGUAUAUUCGAGAAUAUUUCUCGCGAAUUCCUGCUAAUGUCGUUGCUCGACAUAUGAACGGAUUUUGAUGCGUUAACAAACGCCAUCGGAUAAAUGUUAAUAUUGAGCACAUCAGUUUAUCAACAAGUGAACGUAGGAGAAGAUGAGUAUGUUUUAAUAAUUCUGUAAGGCCCAAUUAUGAAAACAUCACAGGUAUAUGUAUAAGCAUGUAUGAGUGUGCGUGGUUAUUUAAAUACAUAUAUUAUAGAUUGUUCUCAAAAUUCUGAGCUGUUAGUCUGUUAGAUUUUUAUGAAAACGAUUACACACUCAUAUGAAGUUGUUAGAAUGUACGUUUUAUUAAUUUGUUAUUUAAUUUUUAAUAACACACUUUGUUAUAAUAGCUAUUACAAAAAGUAUAUUACGAUUGGAAACAUUACGUAACUUUAAUAAAACUUUAUAUUAUAAUUGUGGCUCAGAAAAAUUAUACACAUAAUUGCAAGCUUUCCUUCUUUUUAUUUAAGUACACGCUAACUGUAGGCUACGAUAUAUUUACGAACAUAUAUUUAAUUAUUACUUUAGAGUAUUUUUUAAUACAUACUGUGUUUCUAUUAAAUCAUUUAACAAGUUUAAACGUUAAAUGCACAAAGAUUAAUAGAAAAAAUUAUGUGAAUCAGAAACAGUUUAAAACUUGCAAAUUAUUUGUAGUGUUAUCUCAUAAUUAAUUCACUAUACAUUUAGUAAAUAAUAUGAUUAUUUAGUAUAAACAUAAAGAGCACAUUUAAUUAUUCUAUUUUACUUUUAUGAGUAUUUGUGCCAUUAUUAAAACUAAAUACUACGUAUAUGUAUUUUAUAACAAAUUAGGAAGACAGUUCUCUUCAUUAUUGAAAAUAACUCAGUUAAGAAAUUGUUAAUAUCGACGAAGAUUAUUUAAUUAAAAAAAUUUAAUAGUAGAAAUAAGACUUAAAUACGUAUUGUAAGCUCUAAGGAUAUGUUUAAGUGAGAUUAUUUUUACAGGUAUCGAAGAAUUAAUGUAAUGGUACAGAAUGAUAUGUAUACCAGUUUAAAUAUACAUUCAGUUCAAUAACGAAAAAUAAUAACUGAUGUAGUUAAUAAGUUUUACUAUUAAUACCGUUGUAUAUGCAGAUUUCAUCGCAAAAUUGAUGCAUUUAAUCCUCCUCUUGUGGCUUUUGUUAACGUAAAUGUUGAUAAAUAUUUUUCUGUAUUCUUACAAAUAUAUGGACUUUGGAUUUUUAUAAUUUGGAAAAUAUUUCAAUUGGCACCCUAAAAAUACUUCCAAUGUAUAAGACUUGAUGAAAACGAGCUUAUAGCUGAGAUAAGGAAAAAUAUUUUACCAUAUCGUAAUAAUGUAAACGUUGUUACAAAGGAGGAUUUAUGAUGUCAAUCUUGCAUUGCAUAGCGUUAGUUUUUCUUAAUAAUUUAAAACGCGCGAACACACAAGUGUGUAACAAAGUUAUCAUUUCAACGUACUGCGAAAUUUAUUUUACCUAGGCCACAUGAUGUAAAAUGUGCUAAAUCAUCGAUAAUAGAGUAUUUCAGCCAUUUCUUUGCAUCGUAGCACACAAAAAAAGUGCUCACUACCUCGGCUACGUUAUAAGCAAUCUGUAUUUUAUUGUAAUCGCCGCAGAAGAAUAUAUAAGAAAUGUAAUGUAAUAUGAAACUCUUCUAGUUCAAACUUUGUUUUUAUGAGUACAACAAUUAUGUAUACAUAUUAAUAAAUUGAAAAUUUAGCAUAUGUA